AUGAAGCAGGGUCGCGAUACACAUCAGAUAAAGUCCAAGGCAAAAACAUCUCCAUUUAUAGAAAAGAUAAUGCAAGCUCGACUACCGGAACGGUUCCGUCUUCCACAGAUUACGCCCUUCACCGGCAAAAGCUAUCUAACCGAGCACAUCGAAUCAUUUCGAACAUAUAUGGAACUACACGAUGCCUCGGACACUGUGAUGUGCCGAGCAUUCUCCCUCACUUUAGCCAACGUAGCUCGACUUUGGUUCAAGCAGUUGAAACCAAAGUCCAUUAGCUCGUUCACGGAGCUUAGUGAUGCCUUCCUCACCAAUUUCAUUGGUGGGAAGAAAAAGCUGAAACCACCUGUGUACUUGAACAACAUAGUGCAAAAAGAGGGAGAGUUGCUGAAAGACUAUAUCAAGCGCUUCAAUUUCGAAUCGCUCCAAGUUCGGAAACAUUCGGAAGAAACAACGCUCAACUCGAUCAUGCAAGGCAUCAGAGAUAAACCAUUUUUGGCAUCCCUGGAUAAGAACCCACCUACUACUCUGGCCGAUUUUAUAGCCCGGUCAGACAAGUAUGUGGAUGUCGAGGAAACUCGGAUUAUGCACGAAGCCGCCCAAAACGCAAAAGUUCCGGCCAAAGAGUCAGCAAAGAAGGGAGUUGACUCGGCCAGUGGAAAGAAACGUGAAGACGAUCGAACACGUGAUGAUCGUAAGUCGGAUAAACGGUCAGACCGCAAGUUUUCGGCGUAUACCCCGCUCAAUAAACCGUAA